AGAAAAUCAGGGAGGACUUCUCAGAGCAGGUUUUUGUUCUGGUGAAUGAACAAUCUAACCACAGUAAGGAAGGUGAAAAUUUAAUAGACCAAUCGCGCACUGAUAGAGGUUUAGGGCUAUUUGUUUUUCCGGCACCAGACCUGCAAUGGAGAUUUGACAGCAUCUGCAUGAGGAAUUUUCAUAAUUAACUUCAAACUUCAAAAAAAGGAAACUUACUAAGUGUGUUAAAAACACCUGGACAUAAGGAACUGUGUGAUAUUACCUCUCAUCACUUGGAAAUGGUACUCUGGGCUAUCCUUCCAAUCUCACUAGCCCUGGUGUCCUUCAUUGGAACUUGGAGCGUAUAUGGGCUGGCCUCUUUCAACAAUCAUGUUUGCGCUCUCUCUGACUGGAGCGGUGACAGAAUCUGCAGAAUCAAUAGGACCAAUGAAUGUUGCCUUGUUCCCACCAUGAGUGCAAGUGGAACUCAUGCACCAGAAAAUUCCCUUUUUACAGCCACCAUCAAUGCUGGAUCCUUUAUGUUUCUGCUGUUCUGUAUAUUCCAUCAUGCUCACAUUAUGGAGAAACACACUUUUCACUCCAUGUUGAGCAAAUCUGCACUGGCCUUUGGGGUGGUGGCCGCGAUAGGGGCAUUCAUGGCAGGAAACUGUAACCCAGGUUACCUGUCACUCCUCCACUACUUUGGAGCUGCUGUCAGUUUCAUGUGCAUCUGCUUCUACACUAUCCUGCUCACUGCCCUGACGGGGAAGUGUGUGCUGACAGGCUACGAAAUGAUCCUCUAUCCACUGCGCAUCGCCAGCACCGUGGUUCAAAUCACCGUGACAAUAUGCUAUACUGUGCUGUUUGCCCAGGAUGAGCACUUUUACAACCACCUUUCUGCUGUAUUUGAGUGGAUGCUGAGUGCCAACCUGGAGCUGUUCGAGCUCAGUUAUACAGCAGAGUUUUUGUUCUUUUCGUCCUUCAUGCUUUCAAAUCUGCUGAGCAAAAGGGAGGAAGAAAAACCAUUGAUUCUGACACUGUCCUGAUAUAAGGCUGCCAAAGUCCAGCAGACAUACAGUCGAGGGAAGGAUGGACUGAGUAAUACAUCUGUAACUACAGUGGCUGGACUCUGGCUAUAGGUUCAGUAGUGUUUGUCUUUCUUGUGUCUCUGAGGUGAUGAUUGUGACCACUUUUUGUUCCACAGUCUUGAUACUGUUACAUUACAAUAUGUUUCUCACUGGGAUAUAGCUUAUAUUCUUUAUUUAUAGAAAAAUACCAACGUGAAUUGCAAGUGAACAAAUCCUUUAAUUGUAUUUGAUCUUUACAUACAGACACUCUGCCAAGAGAACAACGACUUUGCUAUGCAAUAAUAUUCAAUACUCUGUAUCUUAACAAUUCCUGAGAUGGUUUUGGUUUAAUCCAGUAUUGCAUGUAGAUGCAAAAGCAACACAUUUUUCAGUUGAUGAAAUGUCAUGCUACGGAGGAGUUCAUCAUGAUGCAGGCUUCAGAGCAUCAGAAGUUUGCAACAGUAAAUUGCACAUUUGUUCUCCCUGUAAAGUUGGUUGGAUUUUGGCUGGGCUGACAACUCAAAACUGUUUUUCCUGCAUAUUUGUGUUUGAGUUGCAGACCUAAGCAAAGGUGGGCUGUGUAAUUGUAAUUAUUUCUAUAUUUGUCAACUGUGUUGACUGCUGUUCUGCUCAGUACCUGAUCAGCUGUUCUAAAUGUUAAAAAUAAAGAUGAGAUGUAUCUGUAAA